GCCCGGGCGGCGAUCCUUGCUUAGCCGGUGGUGGAGAAGGAGGAGGUCCCCUUUGCUCGCUAGGAAGGCUUGGUUGAUGGCGCUGCAGCCGGGAGUCUGGGAGGUAGCUCAGUUGCACAACAGGGCAAAUUGUUAAGAGCCGCUACACGGAGUGCAAAAUGAACAGCGAAGCUCAACAUACAAGAUGCAGAGGGCAGUCCAAGUGAAGCAAGUGGGCUUGAAAAUGUCUGCGUGUAGUGAUUUUGUGGAACACAUCUGGAAGCCGGGCUCCUGCAAAAACUGCUUCUGCCCCAGACACUUCCACCAGCUGCAGGCGCCACCCCUGGACCUGGGAGGUAGCUGUGGCCUCUCGCAGGAUCUGCAUGGAACCAGAGCCAAAGCUGAGCCUACGGCUCUGGAGGAUGACGGAGUAGUUUCCUUGCCUUACUCCAAGCCAACAAUUGCCGUAAAACCGACGAUGAUAAACUCGGAUGUUGCCGAUGUGUGGGCGGAUGGGAACCUGAGUGCCGAAAUCCCACAGGUCAACAAGAGAAUGCCACCCAGAAAUCUUGCCUUGAUGAAAUCUGGAGAAGAACAGAGAGUGUGCAUUGACAAAUUCAGCAACAACAUCAUAAGGAAGCCUGUCAUUCAGAAUACUCCAAGUGAUCGUACUUUGCACAGUCCUCCAGGCCCUCCUUCGGCCGGCCCCUCCAGUCUUGAAAGCAGUGCAGAGAGAAAUGUCUCCUUCAGUAAUGUGGUAUUUCUGAAUGAUAUGGGAGCACGGGAGAAUGGAAAUGAAGUGGCCAGCAAGGAGAAGUUAUCCUUGCCAUAUCUGGGCCUCUGUCACAGUUCAUCUUUUUUGAGUAACAGAUGCGUUGGCUCUGCCGUGGACUCCAUGGGAUACUCUCCCAUCCACCAAAGAGAGGAAGCAUCACUUUCAGAGAGAGCUGGUAUGUUCAAUUCAUCUGAUUUAGAAAGUGAAGGUGGGGAGUACUGCUCCAUCACAGACUAUUGCAAAGAGGCUCCUGUCCACCACGGGUUUGAUAGUACCGAAACCAAAGAGGUGUGGCAUGAAAACCCCGUUUCAAAACUUCAGGGGCCGGAGGCUGUGACAGAUGCAAGAACCGAGUCCAUAGUGGUGAGUUUCAGUGAAGGGGAAAGCAGAGCCUUGAAUUCAGAUUUUCAAAGGGGGGAGAAGCAUCUGCCACAUAGUUAUGUACACAACCACUUAUGUACCGAAACGGGCACAUUAGAAUUUCCCUCAGAUACUGGCAGUGGCCCCUGUGGUUCGUCCAAGGGAAAUUAUUGCUGUCCUUUGGUUAGAGAAUCAGAUCAGACUGUAGGCAAGCGUAUAGAAAAUGCAAGCAGUUCCGCAGAGCAACAGCUUUCCUGUGAAGUGGCCUCUCAAAACGAGCCUAUCUAUGCUGAGAGCACGAAGAGGAAAAAGGCGCAGCUAAAUAAUGCCAACACACAUGCAAGGAGUGAUGCCUUGGCUUAUAGCCCCUGUAAAGAUAAACAAGAUGGCCUCUGGAGAGGGAAGGCUCUCCACUUGGACUGCGAAAGAGAGUUCCAAGAAUCUGUCACACAGGUACCAGCGACUAUUACCAUUGUGGCGGCCCACACAGAAGAUGACAACCGGACUAUUUUUCUUAGCAGUCCAGACUCAGCUGUAGGGGUCCAGUGGCCAAGUCCUAGCCCAACUUCUAAUUCAGAUGCUAGGAAAACAUCCCCUUUCUUUGAAUACAGAGAAAUGCCGCAAGCAAGCAGUGAGAUGAGCCCAAUGGAAAAUGGCCCAAGUCUUCAGUCCCAAACAACUAGCAGAAAUGGGAUUGGUGAGACUCCUGCUAUUCCCCCAAAAUUGUCCAAAGGGAGCCCACCUAGAGGAGAGGGGCCUUUCACACAGUCUGUAAGUUCUUUUGUGGCAGAAACUUGUGAUAACAACGGCCAUUGGGGUCUUGACAUUCCAAAGAACGGCACUGAUAGCACAAUCUUUGAGCCCGCAUUGUCCAUAUGCCCUCAUACGAACAAAAUCUCUCCAGAGGAGUCGAACAAAGGUCCAGCGACCUUGAGCUCUGAGAGGAGGCAGAAAUACUGCAAUCUCUCCUGGAGCAGACAGUGCAGGAUAGAGGAAGAAGAGGAAGAAGAGCAGGGAUUCUUGAAAAGCACACCAGAGACAGAAACUGAAAACGGGGCAAGCAGUCCCUCAAGUAUUUCUAAUUGCCAUCAGGGGGGGAAACGCUCUGUCCAGGAGAACAAGAUUGCAGGAAUGAGCAAAUCAGCAUCUUUUGCCUUCGAGUUCCCUAAAGACAAGAAUGGAAUUGAGGAAUUCGCACCACCUCCUCCACCUCCAAAGAAACAAUCCAGGCAUUUUCUAAAAAUGAACAGAAGCAAUUCUGAGUUGGAGAAGCUGAGCAGUGAUUCUACAGAAAACCUCAGUCCUGCUUUCCAGGGAAUCCACGUCACUUUCACCGCUGGCUCCACGGACAGUUUGAAUUUGGAUACAAAUGCGUUCAGCAAUGGAGGACAGUCGUGCAAAACGAGCCUUCGUUCACCCACCCGUACUGGGAAGCCGACCUUUCCUUCAACUCAUUUCCCCGCAUGUCCCAGCAAAGACAGGCCGCACUGCAAACCUUUACAGCCGCCUCCUCUGCCACAAAAGAAAACGGUCAGCAGAGCUGUUUCUUCACCAGAUGGUUUUUACUGGGGCCCGGCUUCCCCUGCUAGAGCUUCAGGUCCCACAAGCCCCAAACUGAACUUCAGUCAGUCGGAAAGUAACGUCUGCAUCCGCGAGGAGUCUCCGUUUGGCUCCACCUUGGGAAUUAACCGCCAGACAUUUUCUUCUUCUGAGUCACUGGAGAAAGCCUUCAGAGGGUCCCAUUCCCCAUAUCCCUGUUCUGCUAAGAAUGGCGGCGCCUGCUCCAGCCAGAGCAAAAACUUGCCGCCUCGUUCCUCCUCCCAGCACAGCAUGUCCACCACGGUUUCCUCAGGUUCUAGCUUUCAGCUCCACAACCUACUCAGCAAUAUUGACAACAAAGAGGGGGUGUACGCCAAGCUAGGCGGGCUGUAUGCGGAAUCCUUGCGCCGCCUCGUUUCUAAGUGCGAGGACUGUUUCAUGCGCGACCAGAAGAGCGAGCUGCAUUUCAGCGAGAACAACUGGUCCCUCUUCAAACUGACGUGCAACAAGCCUUGCUGUGAUUCAGGGGACGCCAUAUAUUAUUGUGCCACCUGCUCCAAGGAUCCCUCCAGCACCUAUGCCGUGAAGAUAUGUAAAACUCAAGACACGAAAGCCGCAACGUCCUGCUGCAGCCCUUCCGUCCCAGUCCACUUCAAUAUCCAGCAGGACUGUGGGCAUUUUGUUGCCACGGUGCCCUCCAGCAUGCUGAAAAACGCUUCCGCGGAUGGACAGGGCCCCUCCCGCACCGCCACCGAGCAAGACUGUGUGGUCGUCAUCACCCGCGAGGUCCCGCACCAGACUGCCGCUGACUUUGUGAGGGGUUCUGGCCCUUUCCACAAAGCGAAGCCGGAGCUGUACGAGAGGCGGGUGUGUUUCCUGCUCCUGCAGCUCUGCAACGGGCUGGAGCACCUCAAGGAGUACAGCGUCAUCCACAGAGACCUUUGCCUCGAGAACUUGCUGCUAGUCCACUGCAGACCUCCCCCCAGCUGCAGCAAAAGCAGAGAGGACAAACAUCUGCCGCGGCUCAUCAUCAGCAACUUUUUGAAAGCCAAGCAGAAGCCCGGCGCCGCCGAGUCCAGAGCGAAAAAGAACCAGGCUCGCUUAGCCCCGGAGAUUGUCUCCGCCUCCCAGUACAAAAAAUUCGACGAGUUCCAAACCGGCAUCCUCAUCUACGAGCUCCUGCACCAGCCCAAUCCCUUCGAAGUGAAAGCCCACCUCCGGGAGCAGGAGUACAGCCAGGACGACCUUCCCCCGCUGCCCCACCUCUCCAUUUAUUCUCGGGGGCUCCAGCAGCUGGCUCACUUGCUGCUGGAAGCAGACCCCAUCAAACGCAUCCGCAUCGUGGAGGCCAAGCAGAUCCUGCAGUGCCUGCUGUGGGGUCCCCGGAAAGACUUGACGGAUCAGCCUCUUAACCAAGAGGAAGCGCUUCACAACUGGAUCGACAUGAAGCGGGCGUUGCUCAUGAUGAAGUUUGCCGAGAGGGCGGUGGACGCGGAGCGCAGCAUUGAGCUGGAGGACUGGCUCUGCUGCCAGUAUUUAGCCGCUGCAGAUCCACCUUCUCUCUGCAAGUCGCUGAAACAUCUUCAGCUCCUUUGAUUCUCCAUAGUGUAUGAAACGGGUGCCGUUGGUUCUAAGGGCAAUGGAGUAUAGUAAGUGCUUCCUUACACAGAAAAUGGCACACACCUCCCGUCCCCUUUAUGGAGUGAUAAUUGUGUGAACAGACCGUAUUUCAUACACAAAUACAACGCAAAGAUCAAAACCUAUGUACAUUUCGGGAUAAAUACCGUUACGAGUGUUGUAAACGGACAAUACUGCUGGAUUGCACCAGCAAGUGUAUUGCUUCCUGGGUUACUCUUGGAGGUAAAUUAAAAAAAGAAAAUAUGUGUAUUUCCUAAAUGGGAGGAGGGUUUCGUUCUUGUGAGAUUUUGCUGUUGUUUUAAUUUCCUAGUGAAUGUGCUCAGUCUUGGGGCAGAGGCUUAUUCGCUGUGAAAUAUCCUAAUAUAUUUUCUAUUAAAAAAACCCAGCAACAUUC